GUUUUGAAGCAAUACUUUUCUAAACUUUUUAAUUUAAUAUUUAAAUGAAAUACUAUGAUAUCAGUUAGCUAUGACUAGCCAAUAUAAAAAAUUCACAAAAUUAAUUGCAAAGUGGCCUUUGGAUAACACAAAAAAAGAGAGAGAUCUUGGGAAGUUUAUAAGAGACAAAGUGAAAGCUGCGUUUGAAGGAGACAUAAAGAAUUUGGAUUCUGAUCUAUGUAACAGACAAUACAAUUCCCUCAACAAAUUAGCAGAUAACUACUACAAAAAUAAGUACAAAAGGACUAGAAAUAGCACAGCAACUGGAUUAAGUACCGAAGAGUGUAACAUAAUACUAUCUGACGAAGUUUUGGAGUAUUUGAAAGAAGAAAAUAAAGGACUUGUCAGUAAAAUUUUUAGAGGAGGGAAAAAAUGAUGUUGAGACGUUUCAAAAGAAUAAAACUCCUGCUUCAUCGAAGGUGCAGUACAGAAAGUGUAUAUAAAGACCAUACCCCAGUAAUGUUAAAUGAAGUUAUAGAACACCUUAACCCCAAAAAUAAUGAAGUUUACAUUGACAUGACCUUUGGUGCUGGUGGGCAUACAAGGAAAAUACUUGAAGCAGCCCCCAAUUGCCAUGUCAUAGCAUUAGAUAGAGAUCCAAUAGCACAUGAAAAAGCUCAUCAACUAUCCAAAGAUUUUGAUAACAGAGUAACUCCUUUUCUAGGAAAGUUUAGUGAACUUCCACAGCUAUUGAAAUCAGCUGGAUAUGGUCAAUCUAGCAUAGAUGGUAUAUUAUUUGAUUUUGGUUGUUCCUCAAUGCAAUUAGAUACUGGGGAACGGGGCUUUUCUGUAAGUAAAAAUGGUUAUUUAGACAUGAGAAUGGAUGCAGAAAGAGAUCCUAAUCAAAUUACUGCAAGAGAAGUGUUGGCAACAGCUACUGAACAAGAAUUGUACAAAAUAUUUAAGGUGUAUGGUGAAGAAAAAAAGGCAUCAAAAAUAGCACAAACAAUAAUACAAGCUAGGUAUAUGAUUAAAAAUAUUGACACCACAAAAGAAUUAGUUGAUUUAGUGAAUUCAUGCACUCCAGAUGAGGUUAGAUUGGACAAGCUUCAGAGGCCUCAAUCUAAUGCUACAAAAGUAUUCCAAGCAUUACGCAUUUUUGUCAACAAUGAAUUAAAUGAACUCAACUAUGGAAUGGUGUUGGCUAAAUACUACUUGAAACUAAGUGGGAGACUAGUAACCAUAUGUUUUCAUUCACUCGAAGAUACAAUAGUGAAGAGGCAUAUAGUUGGCAAUAUUGUAAAUGAAGUAGCAAAUCCUGUGCCACUUAAGUAUCUUAGUCCCACUCUAGUACAAAAUCAAGACACAAUAAAUCAAUUUCUGGACACCCCAUGGCAAAAUCUAACCAAACAUGUCCAAGUUCCAACAGAUGAAGAAGUAGAGAGGAACCCUAGAAGUAGAAGUGCUAGACUUCGAGCUGCCAUCAAAGUUAGAUAAGGACAGAAAUUGUAUGCUAAAUAAUACGAGUUAAUAUACAUAUUAGAUAUUCUACUAAAUCUUCCUCAUUUGUUAAAAUACAUAG